AUGCACGUCGCCGGAAGUUACAACGAUGCCUAUCAAAUUCGAUUCUUAUCAUACGGUUUCUUAUCCUCCGCUAUCGUUACGAAGCUUUCAAAUGGGAAGUGGAACAAGGAAAGUGGAAUUGGCAAGAGGGAAGUGGAAUUCUCGUCUAUCCCAAAGGAGCAGUGGAUCAACUCCGCCAAAGGCCUCAUGGGGGCGGACGAGAACUUCAUCGAUGAGAGAGUGGCUCGACAGAUGGGUCUUGUCGCCGAUCAACACACAAGACUUGGACUGCGGACGAGAUCGUGGCAGUGGAGAUGGCUAAUCGGGGCCGCGUUUCCAAAGCAGGGCGAGGUCCCCGUGGAGGUCCCCGUGGAGGUCCCCGUGGAAGUCCCCGUGGAGGUCCCCGUGGAGGUCCCCGUGGAGGUCCCCGUGGAGGUCCCCGUGGAGGUCCCCAAGUGGGAGCGAAACUCAAUCGGGAGUUCAAAAUUAAAAUCGAACUGCAUGAAGGAGGCCCAGGCUUUAUCCUACAUGCUUCAGAGAGAUAUGGUCGAGCUACAGGUGAGCUCUCGCCCUAUCACCGGGGCAGCCUUUGUGCGGCAAGCUCGGCAAGUUUCAAUUCACACGUCUACUGUUUGGGCUGGACGACUCGGCCUCACAGUUCCAGCGCUUUCUGGAGUCUGCAUUGCAGGGACUGGAGGACACACCCGACUUUUCUUAAAUGGACAACGUGGCAUCCAUUUCAGUUGGCAAUAUCAGAGGAGCACGACCGUCAGAUAA